AUGUCAACUAAAAAACAACCAGACUGGCUUGAUCCUGCAACAAACAAUGAAGAAACAACUUACACUUCUACAAACACAUUAGAAGUUUAUAAUUCGCUUACUAGAUGUAAAGUUAAUUUUACACCAAAAAAAGAAAAACAUAUUAAAUGGUAUAACUGUGGACCUACAGUUUAUGAUUCUGCUCAUAUUGGUCAUGCUCGUGUUUAUGUUACAGUUGAUUAUAUUCGCCGAAUAUUAUCAGAGUAUUUUAAUUACAAUAUUCUGUAUGUAAUGAAUAUUACAGACAUAGAUGAUAAGAUAAUACUUCGUGCUAGACAAAAUCAUCUUUUUAAUAAAUUAAAAGAAUCCACUGAUUCACUUUCACAAGAUUUAAUAGAUAAAGUAAAGACUGCAUUGAAUGAUUUUAAAAAAGUUAGACUUGGUGUAGAUACUAAUGGUGUCGUCAAUGAUCAAUCAAAAAGCGAUCCAAAAUAUCUUUUAUAUGCUAAUUCAUUUAGAGAAACAGUCAAAGCUGUUGUAUCAGCAGAGUUUUCUUUUGAAGAUGGAGAUUUGAGUAAAAAGACUGCUCACCAGUUUUUAAAUGAAUCUCAGGAUGUAAUUUCUGAUUGGAUGGAUAGAGAACAUGGUGCAUCAGUAACAGAUUCAAAAAUUUUUCGUAGUUCAGCAGCACACUGGGAGCAGGAUUUUAUGGAAGAUAUGGAAUCUUUGAAUGUUCGACCCUGCGAUAUUUUAACACGUGUCAGUGAAUAUGUUCCUGAAAUUAUAACAUAUGUAAAAAAAAUAGUUGAUAAUGGGUAUGCAUAUGAGGCAGAUGAGUCUGUUUAUUUUGAUACCGACCUAUUUGAUGGAAAGAAGGAUCAUCAUUAUGCGAAACUACAACCUUGGUCAGCGGGAAAUGAAGGACUAAUUGAGGAGGGUGAGGGUAGUUUAGGAGUUAAAUUGUCUGGAAAAAAAAAUAAAUCUGAUUUUGCUUUAUGGAAAAAAAGUAAACCAGGUGAACCUUCAUGGAAUUCACCUUGGGGUCAAGGUCGACCUGGAUGGCAUAUUGAAUGUUCUGUGAUGGCUAGUGAAGUACUUGGUGAUAAUAUGGAUAUUCAUUCUGGCGGUAUUGAUUUAGCUUUUCCACAUCAUGAUAAUGAAUUAGCACAAUCUGAGGCGUAUCAUGAAUGUAAACAAUGGGUCAAUUAUUUUCUUCAUGUUGGCCAUUUACAUAUAGAAGGUCAAAAAAUGAGCAAAUCGUUAAAAAAUUUUAUUACUAUUAAACAAGCAUUAAAAAAGUAUACGUCAAGACAAUUGAGAUUGUGUUUCUUACUACAUCAAUGGGAUUCUAAACUUGAUUUCAAAGAUUCAGUUAUGACUGAGGCUAAAACUGUCGACAAUACUAUUAAUAAUUUCUUUAUAAAUGUUAAAGCAUUAAUAAAUGAGCAUAAAAUUUCAAUGUUUGAAUCUGACGGAACUCAUAAAUAUCAUGAUUCAGAAAAAGAACUAAUUAAUUUCCUUUACGAAAAACAACUAUCAAUCGAUGAAGCACUUUGCGAUUCAUUUAAUACACCAAAUGCAAUGAAUGAAAUAUUGGAACUUAUUAAUAAAACCAAUGUUUAUUUAUCAAGCGGUCGAAAAAAAAUUAAUAUGAAUGUAGUUGAAACUAUUGCAAAAUUUAUAACCAAAAUUUUAAGAAUUUUUGGUUUAGUUGAAAAUCAAUCACUUGAUGAAAUAGGUUUUGGAUCAUCAUCCUUGGUAUCAUCGGGCCAAGAAAAAAAUACGGAAGAUAUUAUUUUACCAUAUUUAAGGGUUUUAUCAAGUUUUCGUGAUAAUAUACGUGAUUUAGCACGUCAAGGUAAAGAUCAUUCGGAAUUUUUGGCAUUAAGUGACAAAUUACGUGAUAAUGAUUUAGCAGAGUUGGGCGUAUUGUUGGAUGAUCAGGAGGAUGGCAAAGCGUUGGUGAAAUUGGUUGAUCCUGAAGGGAUGUUUAAAGAUGUUAAAGAUGAAAAUGGUGAAAUUGCUUAUUCUGAAUUUGAUGAGCAGUUUGGGUUUUCAAUAUCAAUGAAAAAUUUACAAUGUUCAUUUCGAGUGACACCAAGUAUGAAUCUUCGAUAUUUACACAAUUACAUGACAUUUAGAAUGAAAAUGCAUUCCAAAUCUGAUGAAGACAAUUCAGAGAUUUCAGAGACAACAAAAGUAGAAACUUCUACAGCAAAAUUAAAAAAAGAUUGGUCAAGCGUCCAAGAUAUAAAUGGUAACACAUCAACAUUCGGAACACGCAUAUUAGAAAAUAAAGAUGAUGUAUAUAAACAUAAUGCAUGGGAUAAUGUGGUAUGGGAUGAAGAACAAGAAAAUCAUGCAAAAGAGAGAAUUAAAAAGCAAUCCAGUCAGCAAAUGCCUUUAGAUGACCAAACAGCAGAUUAUUGGAAUACAUUUUACCAACAUAAUACCAAUAAAUUCUUUAAAGAUCGUCAAUGGUUAAAAGUUGAAUUCCCAGAAUUAUUUGAUGUUAUAGAAUCAAAUGCUGGAAAUAAAAAAGUAUUUGAGAUUGGGUGCGGAGCAGGAAAUACUUUAUUUCCAUUAUCAGGAUUAAACAAAAAUCCAGAAUUAUUUAUUUAUGCGUGUGAUUUUUCUUCAACAGCAAUAGAAGUGAUUAAAAAUAGUACAGAGUAUAAUCAGGAACAAUCUAAAGCCUUUGUAUGGGAUUUAACAAAUCAAGAUAUACCGGAAUAUAUAGAGCCAGGAUCAUUAGAUAUUGUAGUAUUGAUUUUUGUGAUGUCUGCAAUACGUCCUCAAGAUUGGUCUCAAGCUGUGGAAAAUAUUUACAAGAUGUUGAAACCUGGUGGAUUAGUGCUUUUCAGAGAUUACGGUAGAUAUGAUAUGGUUCAACUUAGAUUUAAAGAAGGUCGUAUGAUUUCUGAUAAUUUUUAUGUCCGUGGUGAUGGCACCAGAGCAUAUUUCUUCACCUCUGAUCGUAGAUUGAUUGUUAAUAGACAUAGAAAACUUCAAAUGUAUCGAAUAUGGUUGCAAGGAAAAUUUAGAAAACGCUAG